CAAAUGUGACAAAGGAGGAAACAGGAAGUUCUUCGUCCUCAGUAAAGAGAGACGCACAGACGAUCAGACUGAGUUCAGACCAAACUAGCAGCUUCCUCUGAGUGAGUCCAGCUACAGGAGAGAAAAGUGGAAAACUCCAACACUGCUGCUUCAAGCUGCUGACGCUCCACACACUGAAUCUUCACUCACAGACUCAAUGGCUUCCAGAUCAGAGGAGGAUCUCUGCUGUCCGGUCUGUCAGGAGGUCUUCAGAGAUCCUGUUAUUCUGUCAUGUAGCCACAGCUUCUGUAAAGACUGUCUGAAGAGAUGGUGGAGAAAAAAACGGACACAUGAGUGUCCAGUUUGUAAGGAAAGAUCUUCAAAGAAGCAUCCACCUUUAAACCGAGCUUUAAAGAACCUGUGUGAGUCGUUCUUACAGGAGAGAGAUCAGAGAGCUUCAGAGGCUCUCUGCAGUCUGCACUCUGAGAAACUCAAACUCUUCUGUCUGGACCAUCAGCAGCCAGUGUGUGUCGUCUGCAGAGACUCAGAAAAACACACCAAUCACAGAUUCAGACCCAUCGAUGAAGCUGCACGACAACACAAGAAGGAACUUCAGGAAACUCUGGAGCCCUUAAAGAAGAAGUUAAAGGUUUGUGAAGAAGUUCAAGCAAAGUUUGAUCAAACAGCAGAACACAUUAAGGUCCAGGCCCGACACACAGAGAGGCAGAUUAAAGAGCAGUUUAAGAAGCUUCACCAGUUUCUAGCAGAGGAAGAGGAGGCCAGGCUGGCUGCACUGAGGGAGGAAGAGGAGCAGAAGAGUGGGAUGAUGAAGGAGAAGAUGGAGGCUCUGAGCAGAGAGAUAGCAGCUCUUUCAGACACAGUCAGAGCCACAGAGGAGGAGCUGAGAGCUGAAGACGUCUCAUUCCUGCACAACUACAAGGCUGCAGUGGAAAGAGUCCAGCGCUGCCCCCUGCUGGAUGAUCCACAGCUGCCCUCAGGAGCUAUGAGAGACCAGGCCAAACACCUGGGCAACCUGACCUUCAACAUCUGGAACAACAUGAAGGACAUGGUCUCCUACACUCCUCUCAUUCUGGACCCAAACACUGCUCAUCCAAACCUCAUCCUGUCUGAAGAUCUGACCAGUGUGAGAUAUGGAGAAGAGAGGCAGCAGCUUCCUGAUAAUCCAGAGAGGUUUGAUCGUUCCUGCUCUGUCCUGGGCACUGAGGGCUUUAACUCAGGGACUCACAGCUGGGAUGUUGAAGUUGGAGACAGUACAUGGUGGGCAUUGGGGGUGUUAGCAGAGUCUGUGCAGAGGAAGGGAAGCAUACGUUCUGGAUUGUGGGCUAUAUGGUUCUCGAAACAUAAGUACUCAGCGGAGUCACCAUCACCUGGAUCCACUGCUCUCUCAGUAAAGAAGAAGCUCCAGAGGAUCAAAGUGAAUCUGGACUGGAACAGAGGAAAGCUGUCGUUCUCUGAUCCUGAUACUAACACACACAUACACACCUUCACACACACUUUCACUCACAGGAUGUUUCCAUAUAUUGAAACUUGGAAUAAUCUAAAUGUGUGUCCAUUGAAGGUGUCAGUGUCAGUGGAGCAGAUCAGUUGAGGAUGAUGAUAUUUCUAAUGUUGUUUCCUGUCAGUGAAUUGAAGCUGUUAAACUGCAGCUGUCCUCCUGCUGCCUCGUUGUUCCAAAGAUCUUUGUUUCUCUUUUAGUUCUCACUGAUGAUUUAGUUUGCUGGGAUAUGGACUGACAUGUGUUGAAUGGGAGGAGCAGUUUGUUGUUGUCUUCUUGUCUGUUUAUGACAACAAUAAAUAUAUUGUUCAAACAAUGAUUCAUGUUUAACUCCAUAUAUGAAAUAUUUCUGAUAUUUGAAUUGUGGUUGUUUGCAUUUGAUUUUACUUUGUCUGAUUACAAUGAAAUUGAGAUCCAAUUUCCAAUCUACUGUGGAAGUAAUGAGUCAGUAAACUGCAAAAUGAAAAGGAAAUCAUGUUUAGACAAAACCUGUUAAAAAUAAUUUUCAAAAAUCAAGUGCUUUCUUUGAACUUUCAGGUGUUUUCUUUUGUGUCCUCUAUAUUAAAAGUGUUAACAUUACAACAAUAUGAAUCGGGACCAAUUUAAAAACCCAUGAAAGCUUAACAGUGUUUAAAGCGAACCCCGACUAUUAUGACAAGUUACUCUAAAUAUGUUACAAAUUAUCUCCACUGCAU